CAGUCAGUGAUGGCCGAAUCCUCGCGUACGUCUCAGCUGACAAUUAUCAGCGGACAGUAGAACAAAGAUAGAAGGUGAGGAGAAAAAUAGUAGACGCGGGCGCCGCGUCCGUUCUCCGAGUGACCAAGCGUACGAGGGAUAGACAGGCUUGUUGCAGCACGUGGUUGCACGAGUGAGACGCAAAAUGGACCAGGCCCCCAGGAAGUGGGGACCUGGAUUAAAAGCAAACGAGGACAACGUCUCCGCGACAGAACCAUCUCGGACCUUGAAGAGUGGAGGUCGACGCGCGGUUCAGCUUGGUUGGUUACUUGGUGGUUUCCUAACGGGUUUUCCCUGGUUUCCCUUCGAUCCUACGGUCGUUCGUUGGCCACUACCGAAAAGUCGCCACCAGGACUGGAAGAUUUCGAGAACCUACGAAGACGAUGGCGGCGAAAGGAGCGAUUUGCCUGCUCCUGCUGGCAUUGACCUUGAGAGGCUCGCAGUGCAGCACGAGAUACUUCGCAGAGGCAAAGACAGACACGUCCGAGCUGUUCAAGACGAAGGGAGAAAGCUUCAGGGUACUCGACGAGCCGAUCGCUGCUACAUCAAGCCCAUUACAUCGUGAAGCAAAGUUUGCCUUUCAGAACAAUAACCAAAGGAUGAUCAAGGACUUCCCGAGAAGCGAGGACGAUUCGAGGAACGGGUUCGAAACGUCCACGUUCAAUCCGGACGUGCUGAACAAGUUUCUGGAGGAAUACGCGAAUAAGAUUAAGAGCAGUACGGAGAAGUAUCAAAGAUAUCCGUUCAGGAUCGUCAAGCCUACGGAAGCUCUGGCUCUCGAAGUGGAAGAUCAAACUAGCACGCAGUCGACUAGCGCCAUUUAUGAUCAGAACACCAAAUACGAAGAAGAUACGAUUAAUUCUACGUCCACUGAAGAUGGGUUAAGUUCAACGUUAAACGACACUCUGAAGAGAAACAAGUAUUACGGGGCAAAUUCGUACGAAGAUAGGAACGGCUGGGUUACUUUGGAGGCAAUACCAUGGUCUAAGAGCAAAAUUUCAAAGUGGCAAGCGACUCCAAAUACCCAACGUCCAUGGCUGGAAAUGAAACCAUGGGACAAGCCGAGCAUUGGAAAACCUUGGGCCGCAGAUUACUCUGUCAGGCCAAUCUACGAGAACAAUAAGCCAUGGUAUAUGGAUAAACCAAAACCAACCUGGCCAGAGAACGCCAACGAGAAACCAUGGCAGAAGCCCACAGCUCGUCCUGCUUACUAUACAGAAAAACCUGAAGAGACUCAGGCUCAAAAAUGGCCGCCGGAGAGACCAUCUUGGAACAAAUACUCAGAUCGUCCCAACAGCGAUAUAAUUACCGACAAUCGUCCAGCAAAUUUCCCAAAUACCUGGAACAGACCUCAACCGACAAAACCGAGUUAUCAGUAUCUGGAUAGAUACAGCGAUAAAAAUCAAGCAGAGGAGAACAACGACUGGCACAAUUUCCCAACGAGAUUCGACGACCGCCUACGACCUUCUACGGAGAGACCAGGAUUUUCCCAGUAUCAGUACGUGAACAAUCAUCCGCAGAGUUAUCCCGGAAACGGCGAUGGCCAAUGGGUACUACUGUCCACGAACAGAGGCUACUCCAAGUCCAGGCAAAGGUCGAUGAAGAUAGAUUCGACAAGUCAAGUGGAAAACGUGACUAAGAGCGUGGGUAGGAAAGAGGAACCUGAUCCAGCAAUCGCCGUGAUGACGUCGAAGAGACAGGUCAGGUUGACGGUGUUACCGUCGAUCAACGGCACAAACACGACAACAUCGCACGGAGGUCUUCUGGAAGUGGAGAAAACUUUCAAGAGCGUGGACCAGAGCCGAAAGGAAUACGAAAUGGAGAAACAAACGUUCCCAACGAUUCUGAAGAAAAGGCCCAUCAGGAACACGUUAGGAAACCAAGCAUCUAGCUCUGCUGUCUUGGCCGCUGUCGGUGCUGGGAUAUUACCGGCAACAAUGGCGAUGAUGAUACCAAUGUUUCUCGGCCGUCGAAAGAGGGACUUGUUGACUUCCGGAUUGAGACUCCUCGAUCAGGAUAACUCAGCGACGAGUAUUCGUGAUCUGAAUCCCACGAGCCACCGCCGAGUCCGUGAAACGAGACUACGAUAGAGAAACUAAUCUAGGGAAAUGAAGUCUCAAAUAAUUCGUGGGAAUAGAGAAAACAAUAACGGAUACAAAUUAAGGAAUUUAGAAAGAGAAAGACUUUAGAAAAAGGCAAAGAGAAAUAGAAUGAACUUCUGGUAGAAAGCAUGAGAAAUUAAAUUGACACGUUAGACUUUAAAAAGGAAGAUUGAUCUGCAUAAUUUUAAGCAUAUCGUUCUAUAAUUUUCUCAUAGAAAAAAAAGAAAUACGCUCCUGCAAGCAGAAAUAUUCGAUUUUUAUUACAAGUUUCGUUCGUAUACACACACACACACACACACACACAUACGUCAGGAUAUUAUGUAGACACGCAUCAUGUUUAUUAUUUAUUUAUUUAUAUGUAUUAUAAUACGUAUUUAUAACAUACUUUACAUUUCGUCGUUCGCUUCAAUACUUAAUAAAAAGCAUAAGUAUCAACGAAAGAUACGAUCGAAGAUUCGAAAGAAUCACUUGGAGAAUAAAAAAUAAUUGAACUUUUCGCUGAAA